AUGGCAAGCACCGUCUGGAGGGCCCUUUGUGACGCCCUGGGCAAGGACCCGCUGAAGCAACAGAGACUAGCACGUUCCCGGCCGCUUUACACCGAGAUCCAGGCCAUGGACAUCCUUUCGGACCUGCAGAAAGCCUACGAAUCACCGAGCUUUGUGAAGGCCGCCGCGGAGAUCGCCCGACAGUCGGCCUUCGAGCAAAGGUCCUUCCUGAUGAGCCUCAGGCCGAAAGCGCUGGAGGUGCAGAAGCCCAUCCUGAGGCGCCUGGGGCUUCCCAUGGACUCCCAGGGCCUCCGAGACUUGGAAGCUGCCUUGGUCAACACGGCGCGGCAGGCGCCGGCAGUGAAGGAAAAGCUGCGGAUGGUGCGCAUGGCCCAGCAAGGUGGCGACAACGGCAUGUGGACCAUCAACGUGGAGCAGAACCCGUGGUGGUCUGACAGCAACUCCAUGCAGCUGCGAGCCGUCUUUACGAAGUCCGACCCGUUCGGUGCAGCCCACAUCAACACCAACGCAGCGUGCCGGUGA